GUUUCAUCCCACGCACGUGUGUUCGAAUCCCUUGCGUUAGCGAAAUGCUUACGCUGAUUGCCUCCUUGAUGAAGGCGGAAGAUUGACGAAUCAACCCAACGGUUGAUUGAAGAAGAAGAAGAAGAAGAAGAAAGGAGGAGGAGGAGAAGAAGAAAGGAGGAGGAGGAGGGGAAGAAGAAAGACGAAAUGUGUGGAACUAUGCUACGACAGCCAAAGCUGCACAGUUGCUUAAGCCCUCCGCCCGCUCACUUCGUCCGCUUCGUCCCUUUCACUUAGACGCUGGUCGCCUCUUGCGCGCCACUCUCUCUCUCUCUCUCUUUCUCUCUCUCUCUCUCUCUCUCUCUCUCUCUCUCUCUCUCUCUCUCUCUCUCUCUCUCAAUCUCUCUCACUCUCUCUCACUCUCUCUCUUUUGUUAGGCAUAUUGAGCGCAGUGUCGUUCAUGGAGUGAUAGUCAUUCUGAGUCAGGCCGCGUGGCCUCUCGUCUGCAGUCAAAAUUCGUCGACGCUGCAAUCCGGGUACUCUAUCAAGAGAGAGGACAAUUGAGGCACGUGUUGCCACUCCUCUGCCACUCCUCUUUUCUCUCUCUUUUUCUCUUCCUCCCGAUCCCUCCCUCCCUCCCUUUCUCUGUCUGUCUGUCUGUCUGGCUCUCUUGUUAACACGGGCACACUCUCUUGCUGCUGCUGCGUAGGAGUAGUAAUCGAAUGGACGCGUGGUCCCCACGGGACGGACGAAGAGGUGUCAUCAACGGUUCGAUGAUUCGCGUGAAGAAGACGACAGCUGCUUCUGGAUUUGCGAAAACCUGUCCUCUUCAUUAUUUUAGUAAUUUUAAUUUCAAUUUCAAUUUUAAUUCCGUCUCACGAAGAAAUUCUCUGCCCUCACGUCACGGCUGUUUCUCUCAAAGCGUUGUCCUGUGCCGAACGGCGGCCGCAGCUUCGCCGCGGGAAAUCAGUUUUUUCGCUGGCGUGCUCUGAACCGGGAUACCGACCCAUCACUCAACAUCUUCUUCUUCUCCUUUUCCACCUGUCAUCAUCUCUCUCCGUCUACGCCUCUCAUCAUCUUAUCUUUUAUCGUCACCACGUGUCAUCUGUUUGUUGUCUCUCUUCCUCUCUUCCUCUCUCUCUCUCUCUCUCUCUCUCUCUCUCCCCCCUGCUUUAUCAUCACCUAACCGCCUUUGUGAUACCCAUUCAUCCGAGCGUUUGGUGAUUUCGAAGCCAGUCUGUGCGUAUAGCGCGACUAACUUCCCGCCAAGAAGGUGAAGAAGUAGCGUGGCAUUUUCCCGCCAAGAACAAGCGAAAUUGGACUGGAGUUUUCCCGCCAAGAACAAGCGAAAUUGGAGUGGAAUUUUCCCGCCAAGAACAAGCGAAAUUGGAGUGGAAUUUUCCCCCCAAGACAAGAACAAGCGAAAUUGGAGUGGAAAUUUCCCGCCAAGACAAGAACAAGCGAAAUUGGAGUCGAAUUUUCCCGCUAUGCUAAGAAGAAGCGAAAUUGGAGUCGAAAUUUCCCGCUAAGAAGCAAGAGAACAAGAAAGAAGAAGUAGAAGAGAAACGAUUAGGCAAGAAAGAAGCAAACCGAGAGGGGAGAAGACGAAAAUUCCAAGUAGGGGCCGAAAGGACAAAACAUUGUUGGUGGGGGAUAGGUAGGGUCUCGCACACAGACAUACCCUCCGUCGCCUACUCUACUACGUAGUGGUCACUCUUCGUUUUCCCGGUCCUGCUUGUAUUCCCAUUUGCCUCCACCGCCUCAUCUCCUCCUCUUUUUCAUUCUCUGUCCUCAGCCUCCUCCUCCUCCUCCUCCUCCUCCUCCUCCUCUCUCUGUGUCUUCAUUCCUCUCGUCUUGUCUUUUUGUCUAUGCACAUACUGUAUUUUUUCCUCCCUUUCUCCCACCGUUUCAAAAAAGUUCGCUUUCCACCUCCCCCCCUAAUUCAUCGCCGUUCGCGCUCUGCUCUCAUCUCUCAUCUUGCCGUUUCCUAAUUUGUCAAUAUCGCUUUCUUUUCCUCUCUCUCUCUCUCUCUCUCUUUCUCUCUCUCUCUCGCUCCCCGGUUUCUGUCUCUCUCUUUCUCUCUUUUUGUUAUAAAUGAAGUAUAUAUAAUUAAGUAUAUAUUUUGUGAUUUGACGUCGUAUGAGUGCUAUGGUGAUCGGGGAAUCGAGACUCGGCGGACCAAAGGCAAUAUAGACUAGAUAUCUAGGGAGGGGAGGGAGGGGGAGGGGGUGCUCGUUAACAGAGGAGGUGCAUAAUUUGACCGUUUGGUUCCGUUAAGCAAAAGGACCGACCAUAUUUGUGAGCGCCUGCCAAUCCAUUCAAUCGACCAAGCAGUCCGUGAGAGGACGUCGAAAGGGGUGUGGAGAAAAGAGAAAAGGUGGGGGGGGGCCGGGGGGGUGGAAGGGGGGUGUCGUUAUCGUCCACGCAGACAGCUCUGCUAUCAUACGUGGCGCUGUGCUACCGAUCAGUCACUCGCUAACUUCCAAUCAAUCAAUCAAUCCAUUAAUCAAUCAAUCAAUCAAUCCGUUAAUCAAUCGAUCAAUCAGUCAAUCAUGACGUCGUGGGGUGGGGACCACUUUUGCGUUUGACGGAUAUAGAGCUGGUCAUUAUCGUUCUGUGAAUCUCUCCGUUUGCUCUCUCGACAGACCGUUGCGUUCCGUUUGGACUUGCAAGAGGCGGCCUCGUUUGGAGGGAAGGGAGGCAAACGGCGGUGAUCUCGACAUUCCGUUUCUUUCCGUUUGGAAGAACGGGGGUGGGGUUUGCAAGAAAUUCACGUUCCGUUCCGUUCCGUUCCGUUUGCUGGCGAACCGUGUUUGUUUCUUCGACAGUCCGCUCAGUUCCGUUUCGAAGAAAGGGGGCGUUUUGAGUCCGUCCACAUUCCGUUUCCGUUCCGUUCCGUUUUCUGCGAAUCGUGUGCGACGCAGAGAAGAGAGAAACUGUGGCGGCGGCGGCGGCGGCAAGCGUGUGCGACGCGGUGAGAAAAAGCUUUGGGGACGGCGAGCGGCGAGAGCGUGUGGUAUACGUUCAGAUUGUUGAAGGGUUACCUCCUUGAACGUCACAUCUGUCUGCCUGCGAGGGGUGCGAUAGAGGGGUGGAGAUCUCAAGGCAGAGGUGCGUUUGAGUGGGUGUUGAGAGAGUUGGGAGAGGGAGAGAGUAGUGAGACGGGUGGUGAGACGUCCAGCCCCGCAAAGCGGGUGUGGAGUAUUGAGAGAGGGGUAAGGAGAGAGUAGGUAGGGGGAGGGAGUUGAGGAGUCGAGGCCGGGGGGGUAGAAGGGUGGGGAAGAGGGAGAAAGAGGAGAAAGACGCAAGACGCCGGGGAGGGUGGUUGAUUGGUUGAUUGAUUGUGUAGCGGUCAGGUCGCAGGUCAGUAUGUGUCAGAGACCUGCUCUGUAUCCGGCUGAAAUUGCAGCCACGGCGUUGACGCAGAGGGUGGGAGGCGUCGCCGUUAGAGCUGCUGGCGCCGCCUUGAGGUCUCCGUUAUUUGCUAACGAAUGCGUAAACGGGAAUGGAACUUUGGGAAUCACCGGGCAAACGACGUCGACCUCGCUAACGUCCGCCUCGUAUGGUGAUGGAGUGUCGGCGGGAGGGGGAGGAGGAGGGGGAGGAGGGGGAGGAGUAUCAGGAGCGGGCGAGUAUUACUAUGAAGGAUAUGGAAGGAAGGAAGACACUGCAGGGAGGGGACGCCGACGCGCCGCCACGUGGGGAGCGGAGAAUGCAGAUGCAUUGAUUAGAGGUCUGGAGAGGAGGUUCGUGGAAGAAGUAGGAGCGGGUUUUGUGUCGUCUUCUGCGGAAUGGAGCGGAUUGGCGGCGCUGAGGGAAUUGCUGCAAGCUCCGGCGGAGAUUACGACGGCGGCGGCGGCGGCGGCGGCGGUGUCGGGCCCGGAGGUUGGUGGGGGAAGCGGCGGAGGCGGCGGCGCAAAUGAGCGGGGGGCGGGAGGUGCAGUCGACGAAGCAGCUGGCGGCGGCGGCGGAGGAGAUAACGAGGGUCCCGGGCGCAGCCUGCGCCGCGCGAGCGGUCGGGGCUGCGGCGGCGGCGGCGGCGCCGCCGCCGGCGGUGACGCUACUACUACUGCUGCUGCUGCUGUGGAGCCCGCCGCUGCUGCUGCUGUCGACUACCGUCCAUCUUGUUCUCCUCCUCCCAUUGGCAAUCGCAAUCCCGACCUGCUGGGUCGGGAUUGCGGCACCGCUGCUACAGUAACGGGUGCGUCGCAUGGGGCGCUCUCGUCGCCGUUGAUGUCUCACAGCGCGGAGAGCGGAGAUCGAGAAGUGGAAAGGGGGGGAUCGGCGAUGGCUAUGGAGGUCGGAGAGAGAAGAGAGAGAGAGGUGAUCUGCGCUGACGUGGAAGGAUCAUUGCAGGAGAUUGGAAGAACGACUGCCGGAGGCUUGCCGUCAUUUUCAAAGGAUGGGCGAGGUAACAGUGGUUGUAGUAACCUGGAGCAAACAAAUAAUGCACGUGGUCCUGUUUGCCCUGCGAGUACGUCGUCAUUGGAAUCGUCGCUGUCCAAUGGCUCUCAAUACAGAGGGAUGGAGGCUAGUGGAAGUGGGAGGGUGAUUUCCACGGAAGUGGCAUUUGAGAAGGGGACGAGGAAGGGCGAUAUCAUGUCUCGGCUAGAUGGGCCCGUGUCGACGACAUCCUGUCUGAAUGCCCAGAUGAUCGGAUGCUCUGAUGGACCACCUGUCGCGAAUGCCAACUGGCGCAUGAGCAGCAUGCCUUUGUCGCCGAUGCCCCCCUUCUCCACGUACGGUUCCACGUACUUCCCUGCGCCCGCGGCGUUUCCUACGUACGGGGGUCUGAAUGGCAAUGCUAUGCCGCUACGCAACGCUACGCAAAUUCAGUCGAAGGCGGAGGAAACAGGAGUGCCGGUUAUGGGCCUCCCGGCGCGUCCACUAUGCUCCGACGCGGAUGCGUCCGUCUCCUGGAUUCCUCAGAGGAUGUCUUUCCUGCAAAAUGGCUUUGGUUCAUCCACCACACCUGACGUGCAGAACCUGGCGGCAAGGGGGAGUGCUCCUGUGAAAGGAUUCAGCGAAGAGCUAGGCAACCUGGCGAUAUGUGGCGACGGUGAAGCAGCGGGAAUGCCGUUGCCGAUGGUGGCACAACGAGGACCACGAUAUUGCAUGGACGGAUCGUAUGACAUCCAAAGCCUACCGCAUGGAUGCACAGCAAUGGGGGCUUGUCAUCAAGACAUGAUGGGUUAUUCUCCCACCGAUGGGAACGUUUCGUCGGACGUGGAAGAUGUCGUGAUCGAUGAGAAGAAGCGGAGAAGGAUGAUGUCAAACCGUGACUCCGCUCGACGAUCGCGUCAGCGUCGGCAGGAGAGGCUGGAGUUGUUGGAGCGGCAAGCAGCUCUCCUCCGCGUUGAGAAUUCGAAACUGAGGUCCAGAACGAUGAGUGUGACCGAUCAAAUGCUCAGGUAUGAGGAGGAGAACAAACACCUUAUAGAAGAGCUGACGAGCCUAAAAGAGGAGGUGGCUUCCCUUCGUCGUGGGGGCAGCGGUGGAUUGACUGGAAGUGGGAUGGGAAACUCUUCCGAUGCUGCGUGCGAAAGCAGUGGAAACGACGCCGAACAAUGUCAAACGAAAGAACAGUGCGCUCCCGGCUGUUGCAAGGACGGCGAGAUGGAUGGGAACGGUGUUGAUAUGCUACACGGGACGAGUCAAACGGCGAAGAGGAUGCGUAACGGCGUGGAGAAAGAUGUGGCGGGUUCGAAUGCUCAAAGAGGCGCAGGACCUACUGGCAACGAUGCAUCUUCUACGGAAGUCGACGAGAUGGAUAACAAGGAAGUUUUGGCAAAUCUGAAUCAGGACGAAACGAACAGGACGGCGUGCAGCUACCAUAACGCGGUCUCAGCGCUGGGUAAAAACGACGCGGAAGGGGAAUCCGGCAUUCCCAAGGAUGCGCCAUCUUGUACUUGCACGAACCACUCCGUUGGGUCGUCUUCCCCUGAUGAGUUGGACUUGGAUGACACAGAGAUGCUUGUAAUGGACGAAGAGAUGCUCAGAAGUGCAAGGCGAGUGGGGGAGGAAGGUGAGAGCGCCAGGAAGGGGGAGAGUUGCAUGAGGAUGGUGGAUGUAAGAUGUGAUGGACAGAACCAAACAGGGUACAGGAGUGACUGUCUGUUUGGUUACGGCAUGCCAAACACCUUAUCUACUUCUGUGACCCCAUGCAACUUCGACGGUCAAGGUUCGGAUGCGAUGAUCGCCAGUGGAAACUGGACUUUGGAAGAGCUGUUCUCGUUUAACUUCGAAGCCGAAUAGAGAGAGAGAGCGUGAGGGCGUACUCACACUAGGACUUUUUCGACGCAGCUCUCGACAUGAUUGCAUCAGAUAUGCAUCCAGGUCCGUCUGUAAUUGCGGCAAGAUAUGCAUUUGGACCGCAAUUGCGGUAAGAUGCAUUUGGGAAAAAGUGCUAGUGUGAGUAUGCGCUUAUUAGGUUGGUGCUCUUUGUCUUUCACCGCUGAGUGUUGUUUUAUCACAUUGUCGUUUUUUUUUUUUCACCCCCUUUUUUUGUGGCUUAUCGCCAUGUGUUGGCUCCUUAUGUUAUCUUCAGACACUGAGGAAGCAUCUGCUUUGUGCUGGAUACGUUUAAGCGUGAACGAACAAUGGUUGGUACGCGAAACCCACCUUUACGACCUGGGCUCCUUUAUACUCAUCGUCUAUUUUCACUUUCAUCUACUUUGUCCGCGAGCCGAUCAGAACUCAGAACCUCGGAACGCAGUUCUCGCGGCUCUGGACGUGAUUACGGUCAGAUACGUCCAGCGUUCCCUUCCCCUGAUGAGCUGAUCGAAAGUCUUCGUGCUGAGUGAUUGCAUGGUAGAACAGGUUCCAAUAGGGUAAGAACGGUAUAUACUAUAUACGUGGCGGCAUGUGGAGGGCAUCUACUCACACGAAGACUUUUGGUACUCAGCUCUGGACGUAAUUACGGUCAGAUUCAUCCAGCGCCGCCCGUAAUUCUAGUCAGAUACUUACAGGAAUGUCCUAGUGUAUGCCCUGGGUCUCUGCAAAGGGGAGACUUAUCUGCAUGCCAUUACGAUUAGUGUUGCGCAUGAACACUGCAUCGGAUGGAAGAGUACCGUUCGGUUAGAAUUCUACACGGACACGUAUAAAUGCUGAAAUGAUCGCUUGCCUAGCAGCUUUGUGGUGUCUGUAUAUUUGUGCAACGCAGCUUCGGUUUCUCUCCCCGUCGAUUUCUACACUGAUUUCGCAGAAGCAUUCCUGACUGCUCAGCAGGUCCUUGAGGCUCUUUGACAAGUCUCCUUUGUCGACGGUUUGAACGCGUUUUUUUUUUCGGUCGACGGCAUGAACAAGUUUCUUUUUCGGUCGGCGGCAUCAACAUUUUUUUGUUGUGGUUGACGGCAUGAACAAGUUCUUUUGGUCGACGGCAUGAGCGAGGGAGACGAGGAACAGGAAGGGAGGGGUUGAGACAGCCAGCUGCCACUCUUCGCACCCGCAUUAAAGAGACACUAUCCUCUCAUAUCUCUGAAUUGCAUGGCCGUGUCCUUGUGUAACGAUAGAUCACCAGAGUUGGCGGCAACGGCAAUACGCUGACGUCAUUGGUUUUCUGGUGCAGAAGCCCGUCGUUCGAGAUCUUGCACUCCAGUGCUACAUUCCUGCUGCUUCCUUGCUGAAGGGGGGGGGGGUGCUGUUCUUGCUUUUGCCUGCUAAAAUGUUUCGGUCGCUGCGCCUUCCGCAGCAAACCGCGAAAGC